AUGAAUGAAGAACACCUGCACUCGAGUGCAGAACAUGAAUCUUCUUCCCAUCAUCAUCAUCAACCUCAUGGUUCAACAACAGCAACAACAAACUCCUCACAACAACAUCCACCUUCAAAUCUUGAAGAAGGUUUGACUUUUAAUCACGAGAGUGCUUCUUCGGGUCGAAAGAGAAAAAAGUCUUUUUCUAUCCGAGAUUCAGCAUCUUCGUCCUCCCUUUCCUACGUAUUCAACGACACUUCGGAUGCCUCUUCUUCCAUGAGAGGAUUUGAAAGUAUCACUCUUGAACCCAUUCCCCUUCAAACCACCAUCACUGCCACUACCACCACAACCACCACCAGAUCCUCUCAAUACGCAUCAGACAUCCAUCACCCAGAAGCAAGUAGCACAAAGGCCAUCACUCUUGAUUCCUCCCAUCAUCAGCGCUAUCAUCAUGAGAGAAGUGUUUCUCCCAAUUCCACCUCGACGUCGUGUCAUACUUUAUUUAAGCAUUGUUGUGGAAAGAUUAUUGAGGUUGUGGGUGGUGUUGCAGGAGGACAUAUCAGAACAUCCACCACAAGCACUCAGCAUCAACAUCUGCCGUCUGUGGAGCAUUUCCAUCAUGAUUCCUCUCAUGAUGCCAUUGUGGAACAUCCUUCCUCAUUGGAUCCAGUACUGCAUCAUCAUGAGGAGCAUAUCCGCUCCAAUCUUGAAUCAAUAACCUUACCUCCCAUUCACCAUCGUCAUAAUCCUCAUCAGAACAAUCAAAAGCCUCCUCACAAUUUCCACAAUUCACACAACUCUCAUCAUGACCAAAAGGUUCCUCCUGCUUCCACAGAACCAUGUUGUGCUGAGUGUAGUUGUGGAGACCACUCAUCAACAAAACACAACUCAAACAAGAGUAACAAUGAAAAGUCUAACCAUAUUCCUCAUCAUCCUCAUUAUGAACAUCACACUUCAUUUCCGACUCCUCAAUUUUACAAGCGAAGUCCCACCGUGGCUCUUAUGAAACAUCGUUGCAAUAGCGAACCAUUGAAAAGAUCACUUGAAAAAAUUGUUGGAGGCGAUUCUGCGACUCGAAAACAUCUCCACAUUUCUCAAAUUGAAAAUUAUAUACCUAACAUUACCAAUAACUACGCUCAAUAUGUUUCAGUGACUAUUAAGAUUGACUCUUUUGUGAAGGGAUUUGAAAUCAGUCACGAGAAUAUCCAAAACGAUGAUAUUUCACCUAUUGUGGACAAGAGUAUGAAUCAGCAGGUGCCUCACAGACGAAAAUCUCACUGUACCAGCGUUGUUGUUGGAAGCAAUCUGUCACAUUCAUUUAAAUAUUUUGAUACAAUUUAUGUACACAUGAUUCUUCCGCCCAAUUCAAAAACUAAUAUUCGGCCAAACUCUAUUGAGGAUGACUGUUCAGAGGAGAAUGUCAUUCCUAAAUGUACUGAUUCAAAUAGAGAUCAGCAAAGUGACUCAAUGCCAACCCCACGCAAUAUCACUGAUUCGUGUGAUAGCAUCUCUAAACCUCGCCGUAAAUCAUGCCUUCCUGGUCACGCCAAAGUUCAGCCCGUGAAAAAGCAUUACACUUACCAAAUUGUGGAUUUUAAAGUUGUUAAGCCAAAUGAAUUUAAACAUUUGGAUCAAUUGAAUGGUGAGGAUGAGAUUAACCACGACCACCAAUUUCAUGACCAAUCUGAAGGAGAAGAUGAUGAAGAGAGCGUUGACAACGAAGACAUCAUUCAUAUUCCAGGUGGAGUUUUUUGCAAAUCAUUCAUAGAAAGUUCUCAAAAGUCAUCUUCAAGGCCUGAUACAGCUUCAUCUAGUAUUCACACGACAAGACGGCCACCAUUUUCAACCUUCUCUGAAUAUCAUUAUGUGCCUCCUAAAAUACAUCAAAUCCUUCUCACACGAAAGCAACGAAGAAAUAUCAAGGAUAUGAUCGACAUUAUUAAUAACACAUACCAAGAAGAUGUAGAGUCCACAGGAAUUUCUCAAUGCAGUUUACCUGUGAACUUUGUGGAUCGUCUCAAUUACUUGAUGGAAUGUCCAGAUUCCUUUGUUUUGGUCAGAGAUGAAGCAUUUUGCGAUUCUCUAAGUGUGAAUGAUGUGAUGGGUCUGAGCAUGUUUGGCUAUGCAGCGAAACAUAAGCAGUACUAUAUUAUUAACGAGUUGUGUCGAAAACAACCAUAUCGCGUUCUUCAAGAUAUCGUGCAAGACAUUGAUCAGCUCGAAUUUAUUGCAUCCUUGGAGGACAAACGAGUCAUGGGUUAUAUCAUUCAUUCUUUGCUUCAGUUUGUUGAGAAGGAAAAAGAAAUUUUAGCAGAACAUUUGAACGGGUCACUUCUUCACAACAACCUUGAUGAAGGACAUUUAGAUUUCAGACGCUUUGGAAGUGUUGAGCAAUUGGAGUCCUUUUUCAAGAACAUGCUUGUGAGAUAUUUUACUUUUAUAGAUAGUGUUUUUUGCGUGGAGGCCUGGACCCAAACUGUGUCAGAUGCCAAACCUCCUUUUCUUUCUCAGUCUUUAUUCAUACAGGAGGCAAUCAAAACUUCAAAACCCAAAGUGCUCAAAUAUUUAAUCGCUGAAGGUUUGCUGAAAUGCAAUGACUACUGUGAAGGCGGAACUGCUUUGCAUUGGGCGUGCCUGAACAGAUCCAUGGAGACCAUUCAGAUGCUUCUCAAAGUUAAAACUCUCAAUAAGGGACUCAAAGUUCGUCACAAAUUACCGAGCAAUUCUCGUUUGAAGCCUUUCGAAAAAAAAGACAGCUUAUGA